AUGUCUGUCUUGUCUCAAGACGUUGUCGAGCACUACUACAAGGCUCACAGGCUUGUAGAGACCGUUGAGGAUUGGGCGAAUCAGGUUAGUACCGCCACAGAAGAGAUGGAGUUGAUAGAGCCCACAAACCCAGGGGCCAGGAUGCCUCGCAUCGGAGAUCCUUCUAAAGAAAUCCAAAUACAUAUCCUGCUCGAGCGACACAGAGAAGCCCGAGCAAUUAUGGAUCUAAUCGAGGAACAGCUUCUUAAGCUCAACUAUGAGCUUCCACAGAAAGAAGUCACUGAGCCCCCUUCUUCUCAGCACUGUGGCUCGAAACAUCAAGGCGGGUCACACCAUGAGAACCCCGCGGAAGACUCUGAGGCCGAAGGUCUCCCAUCGGAGGAGAUCUGGCCGUACAUUCCGUUGCGCAGUGAUUCGGGAGACUCGGUUAAAAAGAAGAAGAAGAAGAGAAGCAAGAGACCCAAGACCGAGUUGGAGAAGAAUUGGCAUAUCAACAAGGUCUUCAUACGGGAGAAUGGAAUUAUUCCGUUACUGGAUCCUAGCGCACAGCUUUGA